GGGAGGAAUAAAAGUGAAAGAGGACAAAGAGUAGGAGAACGUAGAUCGGCAAUGGAUGAAAGGCAGCUCAGAAAAUACAUUAAGAAUUUCAGGCUGAAGGACGUCAGUGGGGGGGACCAGGGGUACAAGAGGGUCCUCCUACAGCUGUUUGGCUACACUGGGCACGGCAAGUCUGCCUUCAUCAACUCCUGUAAAUAUGCUAUUGAUGGGAAGUACAAGAUGCAUGCUAUGGCUGAGCCCAGCGAUGGCUGUGUCACAAUGGAGAGGAGCGCCUAUCAGCUGACCCCCACGCUCACCAUUGUGGACAACAAGGGCUGUACCAAACUGGACCACGCCGAAAUGCUGGAGAUCUAUGCUCAGCUGGGUAAUUUCUUUCCCAUUAAUGAGAAGGUUGAAAGGAAAGAGAACUACAAUGAUUACACUUCUCAACUGGAAGAAGCUGAGCUGCAUCCAAACGGCACAGAUAUUCUAGUUCCAAUAUUGGUUUACAGUGCGCGGAGGGGACUGUUGGAACAGGAGAAACCCGCCCUAAAAUCGUUCCUUAAGACCUGCACAGAUAUAACAGGCAUUGCCCCUAUUGUUGCCCUCACCUUUGCGGGAGAGUCUGACAAGGAGAUAAUAAAGAGGUGGGAACAAACGUUUGUACAAAUGGGAGCAGAGUCGGUGCUGGAGGUGCAGAACUACACCGACAAGGAUUCCACGCAGGAGAGACAUUUAAGUUUCCUGAAUAUUAUCAGCUGCGCUUUGGAAAAUGUCCGAUUCUGUAUGGGGCGACCCAAGGAACCGAAGCAGGAACGGCUAAAGAACAAGAAACUUCUUCUCAAAUUAGCCCAUGAUUAUUAUAUGAGUGCCCAUAUAGGGUAAAGCAAGAUACCCAGGAGAUAUGAACGACUGUGCGAGAUAUGAUUAUAAUAUACAAUUGGGUAAUUUUCCUAUGGGACCAAACUGUAAAUUAUAUAGUGAAUAAAGUGCCCCCUGUUGUAUAAUAUAGGGAUAUUAUAAGUCCCC